CUCUUUGUUGCAAAAGCGACUGUACCUCAACUUCGAACUCUCACAGAGGUCACGAACAUUCGAGGAAAAUCACAUCCACCAGACCACUAUGGCGGACUACGCGCCUCCACCAGGCCCGCCUCCACCAAGGGUACCCGAAGGCUGGAAAGCAGUCUGGAACGAGCAGUAUCACGAAUGGUUCUUCGUCAAUAUCUACACCAAGCAGUCCACAUGGGAGAAGCCUACAGAAGCCGUCUACCCACCCGGCGAAGCACCACCAGCAGGCGCUCCCCCCACGUACGGAGGUGCCGCAUCCUCCCACCCGACCGGUACGAGUGAGAAGUCGAGCUUCAGCAGUAACAACCCGUAUGGCAGCCAACAACCGGGCAUCAGCGAAGACGAGAAGCUCGCACGCAGACUGCAAGAGGAAGAGCAAGCGCGCGCAGGCCGCCGCUCGGGCGAUGCGAACCGCAACGCAAGCAACGACUACUACAACCAACCACAAGGCGGCCAUGGCGCUUCCGGUCCAAGUAUCGCAGGGGCACCGCACUCAGGAGGAUACCCAGCGCCCGGAGGCUACUCGCAAGAACAACAGUACCAAGCUCCCUCCACACCAUACCAGUCGGCACCAUACCAAGACCAGACUCAGACCAAAAGCAAAGGCGGCAUCCUUGGGAAGCUGCUAGGGAAGAGCGGUCACGGGUCGAGCUCGCACCAUGCAUCGCAGCCGUAUGGGCAGCCGGCGUAUGGCGGUGGUGGGUACUAUGGUGGACAGGGCAUGUAUCAGCAGCGUCCUGGGUACGCGAUGCCUACGGGUCGCCGUCCGGGAGGUGGCGGUAUGGGCGCGGGUGGUUUGGCGCUGGGCGCUGGUGCUGGUCUGCUUGGUGGUGCGAUGUUGGGUUCUGCGCUAGGUGAUGCGGGGGAUCAUGGUGAUACGUACGUGGAGAACAAUUAUGGUGAUGAUGGCGGGGAUAUGGGAGGUGACGGAGGGGGAUUUGAUGAUGGUGGUGGUGGUGACUUUGGUGGUGAUUUUUAAGUUGCUCCAGCAGCUGGAAGUCUGCAAGAGCAGGUUCCCCGUGUUCUGAGUGCAAAGGUGCGGGAUCAUUGGUAGCAUAAUAAUGUCCAUCUCAAUCUUUCUUUUUCGAGGGCCACAUAAUAUACAGUACGGCAUGCCUCGAUGAUCUUGUCCUGUUUCGCUGCUAUCUUUGCGAUUCUAUCACUGAACCGUAGAGUGGAGAGGGAGAAUGAAACGAGAUAUAGUCGUGAUUAGUGUUGGGGACGGAAGCUUUAUGCAGUUGGCGAUGCAGAGCUUCAAUGGAGAGAAGGCACGCUAGCGUUGUCCAUAAGAGCACUCAAGCAGUCGCUGCUCCGGGCCUCUGCGAUGCUUCGGGG